UCGAAGGUUCUGCCCUGCCUUACACCAGCCGCCCACCUAUGCCAAGGUCUCCCUGGCUCUUUCGCUCUCUGUAACCAGCGGCUUCUCGGCAGCGUCGCCCCCUCCCCUCCAUGGAUCGGCUCCUUCCCCAGCACUGAAGGCAUCCUUAGGAAUACACCUCUACCUCCAGGAAAAUAAAAAGAGGCAGAGAAGAAUUCUGCAGAGUUCAUGAGGACAUCUUUGGCUUCCGACAUUGGCUGGAACACAAUGCUCAUUCCUGCCUUUUGCUCUGGAAAGUUGUAACUCGCUCAUGUCUAUAAAGAGGAAGCAUGGCACAUGGAAUUCCUUCACAAGGCAAAGUUUCCAUUUCUGUGGAUGAAUACAGUUCAAAUCCAACCCAGGCAUUCACACACUACAAUAUUAACCAAAGCCGAUUCCAGCCUCCACACGUACACAUGGUCGACCCUAUUCCAUACGACACCCCGAAACCAGCAGGCCACACACGGUUUGUGUGCAUCUCAGAUACACACUCCAGAACAGAUGGAGUCCAGAUGCCUUAUGGGGACAUCUUGCUUCAUACAGGCGAUUUUACCGAGUUGGGACUACCUUCUGAGGUCAAGAAGUUUAAUGAUUGGUUAGGAAACUUGCCAUAUGAUUACAAAAUAGUGAUUGCUGGGAAUCAUGAACUAACAUUUGAUAAGGAAUUCAUGGCAGACCUUGUAAAACAGGAUUACUACCGCUUUCCUUCUGUAUCCAAAUUGAAACCAGAGGACUUUGACAAUGUUCAGUCACUUUUGACAAACAGUAUUUACUUGCAAGAUUCUGAGGUAACCGUCAAAGGAUUCCGAAUAUAUGGCGCCCCUUGGACACCAUGGUUUAAUGGAUGGGGUUUUAAUCUACCCAGAGGUCAAUCUUUGUUGGACAAGUGGAACCUUAUUCCUGAAGGCAUAGAUAUACUAAUGACCCAUGGGCCUCCUCUUGGAUUCCGAGACUGGGUUCCAAAGGAGCUGCAGAGGGUUGGCUGCGUGGAAUUGCUAAACACUGUACAAAGACGAGUAAGACCCAAACUCCACGUCUUUGGCGGUAUCCAUGAAGGUUACGGCAUCAUGACAGAUGGUUAUACAACGUACAUUAAUGCCUCAACGUGUACAGUCAGCUUUCAGCCAACCAACCCACCAAUUAUAUUUGACUUGCCAACACCACAAGGAUCAUGAAAGACCGCUACUCCACUGGGGAAGGUCUAUAAACUGCCAUUUUUCUAAUUACAAAACAUUCAUUCUCUUAACAUGUUUCUUUACAAAUAAUGUAGGGCUUUUUUGUAAAUUGUUGUUACAGAGGGGGGAAAAAGAUAGGGGUUAUGCUUUUUCUUUUCUCUCUCUCUCUUUCUUUUGGAAAUGCAGCAUCCAUUUGAAAAUUGAUAAAACAUUGUGAAUUUGUAAAAUGAAGUUUUAUGUUCUCUUAAUUAUCUUGCCAUUGUAAAUUGUUAGUGUUCUCAAAAGGACAGCCAAGCUUUCUUUUAAUGAGUGAGACACCUUAUUUUAUUAUUAUUAAAUAAGAUUAUAAAAGGCAUUGUUUUUUUUUAAAAGAACACCCAGAUCCAAAUUUGCACACUUUUUAUUGUUUUCUUUGGGAUGGGGGUGGGGAAUCUCCAAUGAUAAAAUGCCAUUCUUUCCUCAUUUUUAUUAGCAUGUAUAUGUUCCAUGAAUCAGAGGUUGGAAUAUGUCCCUGUGCAAAUGCACAUCACAAUUCAAGAUUCAGUGAAGUGUGUUGAAAACUUCUAGAAUUGACUGUUCUAGAUAGGCUUACAUCUGGGCUAGGCUGUGGUCACGGAGUUAUUAAACCAGAUGUGGAUUCUCCAUUCAUUUCAGUGAAUCAUCUCCUUUUCUUGAAAGAAUUCUUGAUCUGGAAGAAUCUUUACCCAUUAGAGCUUCUGUGUCCACAGCUGAUUGCUGGAUCAGGGAUCAGGGUUUUUUGAUUGAUACAUAUGCGUUCUAUGAAAUUCUGCUUAUUAAUGGUAUUGCAGUAGUGAGGGGAAAAUAGCUUUCUAGGUUUAGUUUGUCUGCCUGCUUUAAUGAUCAGUUAGAUAGCAACAUCCUGUAUAUGAUUAUCUAAAUUGUCCCAAUUUGGGUGAGUUUCUUAAAUUAUUUUAGUUUUAAAAAAUAUGGAAAUGAAAACUGCAAUGAGCAGGUGUUCCAUGCAGUAAAAACAUGUAAAUGUGGACUCCUUUUAAAUAUGGAUUUUUAUAUAUAUUUUUUGUGCAUUAUAACAAAGCAAGGCAUGUAAUAUUGCCAGCGUAGCAUCUCCAAAAUUAUGCUGUAUAGCACAUCUAAAUUAUGAAGGAUGUGAUACAUUUUUUCCAAUCACUCAAGGCCUUCAAGAGCUUGAGUUUAAAAUCUUUGUGCAGUUUCGGGCAUGUAUAGAAUCAAAUAAAUACAAUCAAGCCU